AUGUGUAUCGAGAAGCUAAUCGUGUAGCAAAUUAUGUUGCAGCUAUAGGCCAUCAAAUUACAGGCUGUAUAAACAUUGACCCUAAAUGUAGAUGCUAAGUUCUCUUAUUUUAUUUCUUUAGAUAAGUUAGGAUACAACGUUGAGAGAAGACUUACCUAACUUUUGUAAUUUUCUUAUUAAAAAAAAAUAAUAAAAAAAAAAAUAAUACAACGGUAAUGCUAUAGUGCCUAACAAUUUCAGGUAACAAACGGGUACCUCAUUAUGAACACCCGCCAAAAAUAUAAAAAUAAAUCCGUAUCUUUGUUAACAUAGUUUAUGCUUCUUUACCCGACUACCGUUCAACUCCUCCCUUCUCAUCGCCGGCGAAGUUGCGCUUCAAUGACCAGACCUCAACGAUCAAAGCGUCGCAUUAAAUCUAAUUCCGACGAAAACCCAUCUCAAUCAAAAGUCAACUUUCGCGCAUCCAAGGCCAAAUUCAAAUUGAAAACCCAAUUAUCUCCUGAACUUCCAAUUUCCAACAAUUCUCAGAUUAAUUACCAGAAUUUGGCUAUUUUAGGGCCCGAUUUUUGCUCCAUUGAUGCUCUUGAUCUUGCCCCACUUCUUCUCGGCAAGUUUCUUCGUCGUGACGAUGUUAUACUUCAGAUAACUGAGGUGGAAGCGUAUAGGUCGAAUGAUUCAGCAUGUCAUGGUCGCUUCGGCGUUACAGCUAGAACAGCUCCUGUUUUUGGACCAGGUGGGCAUGCUUAUGUGUAUCUUUGCUAUGGUCUUCACAUGAUGCUUAAUAUUGUUGCUGAUAAGGAGGGUGUUGGAGCUGCUGUAUUGAUACGUUCUUGUGCUCCAGUUAGCGGUUUGACAACCAUUCAGCAGCGUCGUGGUCAGAUUACUGAUAAGCCUGUUGUUCUUCUUGCUGGGCCAGGAAAGGUUGGACAAGCACUUGGAUUAUCAACCGAAUGGUCAAAUCAUCCCCUUUAUGUGCCUGGCGGUUUAGAGCUUCUUGACGGGCCAAAGCCUGAAAAGAUAGUAGUUGGUCCUCGUGUUGGCAUUAAUUAUGCUUUGCCUGAGCAUGUAAAUGCAUUAUGGAGAUUCGCGGUCGCAGGUAGUCCAUGGAUUAGUGCUCCAAAGAACUCACUUAGGCUUCCUUGACAGGAAAAUAAUUCUUAUGGCCCCUUCUAACCACAUCAAUGUAUAUUAAGAGGACAAAGAAAUGCACUUUUAGCCCUCCCUUUUGAUGAGGUGCCUUUUAUUUAUUUAUUUUUGGUAAGGACUAUUAAACCAACACUUCUUAUAGGUAGUCUAACUACGCAGGAUGAGAAUAGGGAUACUUUUUGCCCUCCCUUUUGAGGUGCUUAUUAGUCCCUAAAAUACAACAGUUGAU